AUGGGGCUGGGGUGCGGGGGGCGAAGUGGAAGUUGGGACAACAGAGCAGGGUCAGCAGGGGGCGAGGAGAAAAUAAGCUGUGAGAGACAAGGAGACGCAGACUGCAGCUGUGGUCUGAGCCGGGUGAGGGUGGCCGUCCCCGGAGUUUGCACGGGCAGUGCAUCAGACGCAGCCCAGACUUCUGUCUGUAGCCCGUCCACUGCAGCCCAGGCACAGUCACCAGCUGAGAGCUGCGUGGGCCUCUCUUGCUCUGCCACUAUUCCCCCCGGGGCAAGGGUGCUGGUGCUGGGAGAGGAGAGCAAACACUUAGAGCAAACAGAGCUGGCAUCUCAGCACCGGGGGCGGCGGGAGGAGCGGCAGUGGCCAGGCAGACCAGCUUCGCUGAGGCUCCAGACGUCGUGGCCCCAGGCUCCCAGCACAUGCCCGCCCCGCUGCCGCGAUGCCCGAGAGGAGGUUCAGCUCAGCCGAGGGGGCGGCGCAGGAGGAGCCCAAGAGGGGAUCGGAUCCGCGAGGUUGUCAACUAAACAGGCUUUUGCAAAAGUAGAAAGGAAGCCAGAAAAGAUGGCAGGAAAGCAUAAAUCUUCAGACAAAAAAGUGCGAACAAAAGGGAAAAGGGGAUCAAAGGGAAAACAGGACGAUGUGGCUAACCAAGAGACUAAAGAAGACUCACGUGCAGAAAACCGAGAAACUAAAAACGAGGAGAGCCCAGGCUCUGACGAAGCAGGAGAGAAAGAAGCCACGUGGAAAAGUCUUCAGGCUGGAAAAGUCUUCAGGCUGACUUCAGAUAUUGUAUACCAGAAAUCUAGCAUACAAGAGAAAGCCUUAGAAUGCAGAGACAGUGAAAGAGCCUUUGUUAAUGAGUCUUACCUUCAGGCACAAGUGAGAACUCAAAAUAAAGAAAAACCCUGUGAACAGAAGGAAUGUGGGAGAGCUAUUCAGUCAACAAGCCUUCAUGCACAUGUACCAAAUCACACUGCUAACAAAUGUUACAGAUAUGAGGAAUCUGGAAAAGUCCCUGCUGCAUCCCUAAGCCUUAGUAGACAUAUGAAAACACACACUGGAGAGAAGCCUUUUGAAUGUGACAUAUGUGGGAAAACCUUUAGAUUGUCUUCAUACCUUCUUCUUCAUAGUCGAAUUCACACUGGAAUAAGACCCUACAAAUGUAAGGAAUGUGGGAAAGCCUUUGGAUGGUCCUCACACUUUGGUGUUCGCAGUCAAAUUCACACCAGAAUAAAACCUUACAAAUGUAAGGAAUGUGGAAAAGACUUCAAAGGUUCUGAGCUCUUUAAUAUUCAUAUGCGAACCCACACUGGAGAGCAAUAG